CCAUCACUGCAGGCACCGUGAAAGUUUGCCCUCCUUGUAGGAACAUGUACACGACAGGAGCCCACUCAUCGACUGGGACAUAAUACCAGAAUCCGUUCGUUCGCAUUUCAACUCUCUAUGUAGAGAGGAAUCUGGAUCAUUCCUCCCUCAUACGCUCAAAACUUGGGCAGAGGCUCAUCACGAGAGUAACAGCUUCGCCCAUGCUGUGUCUUCCCUCCCAGAACAUUUGUGGCUCCCACCAUCCUCAUCAAAUACGACCAUUCUCCCAACCGACCCAGAUGCUCUAUCGUGGAUUUAUGAUAAAACCUAAGAGCUGAAGGAGCUGAACGCACUCGACUCUGCAGUGACCGGGAAGAUGGUUCGAGCGCCAGUGGAUGCACUAAUAUCAUUAGGGUGCCGCUAUGAGAGUGGUGCUGGUGGAAAUGACUUUGCGUAUGGCACCCAUCUUUAUAUGGAGCAGAAAUUGAGAAUGUCUAGAGCGUUUGAUCCACCGGACCCCACCUUUCCUCGCCCGACGAACACCAAUGAACUGGAUAGUCCCGUCAUUCUCAUACCAGGUCCCAAGUGGCAACACAGGUUUAACCUCAAGCAGCUUUCAAUCCCUGCCAGAAUGCACGACCAUUUCCGUUGGCAGGAACAUCCUGGAACUGUAUUCAGUAUCAUCCUAUUGCCGGUUGAACACAACGCGGGGCAAGGGCUGACGGCAAAGAUCGUGUACGAUCUGAUAACAACUCAACGACAGCGGGCCGCUCUGAGAUUGCCGCGAAGAGUUCAAUACGGGCUAGCGGUUGAUAUCGAUUAUAUCUAUGUGAUAGCCUCAACAAUCGAGGACAAUGAUGUUAUCGGACUCUAUAAGGUUGCAAGCUGGGCCCGGGACAACGCUGAACAUCUCAUUCAAUGCUUAUGUUUCAUCCGUUCUGUUUGCCGGCAGCCGGAGACUCACCAGGAGGAGCUGAAACUGAUCCUGGAGCAGCUCGGGACGUUGCCAGCCAACCUUUGCUGGAGAACCGAUGUCGAUGUAGACAACGCACCCUCCCUGUCAACCUCAGCUGAAAACGAUGAUUCCGAGGAUCCCGACAAUCCUGACAACCCCGACCAUCCGAACGAUUCUGGCCAAUCCCAAGAUGGUGAUCCCCAUCCCCAUUCGGAGGACGAUUCUGGCCCUCCCCGCAAACGAGCCCGGAGAGAUCAUUCUAAGCCUACGCCUGGCCCUCCCUCCGCCAAACCUCGCGAGUCCUAUGCGUCACACAUUGCGACCCUGCGCAAGACGUGGAAUAGGUGUGAACGAAAUGCGGCGAGACGCGCUCUCCCAAUGAUUGUCCCAGCAAAAGACUUCGAGCAUAUCUCUUGGGCGUUCUCUCCUGAAGGGGUCAUGUCGGAUGCGGAUGAAGCGAGAUGGUCAGAGAUGUUGAAAGCUCGGGAAAGGCAAGAACGCGAGGUGACGUCGACACAGAGCUAUUUGGUUGGAACAGAUGGCACACAGCCGUUGAUCCACGGACCAUCCGACUAUGAGAGGAAGGCAGGGAAGCGUGUAGAUGUUGGUUAG